GCCUUGAAAUGAUCGAGUACAGGUCCUCUACUUACGAUGGGGAUGCGUUAAGACGACCCCAUCGUAAGUCAAAAAUAUCGUAAGUCGAAGAUGACCUAGCCUACCCAGGAGUCUUAAAGAAUGGUGAUAAUUUAGCAAAACCGAGCAAUUUUACAGUACCGUACUGUAUAAGCUAUAUACUGUAUGUCUUUAUUAAUGCCAAUACUGUAAGUUAAAACAAGGUAAAUUCUUAGCCUACCUAUAUGAACUGCAAUUUAAUAGAACGUUUUUUCAGGAAACAAUCCUAUCUGCAUCACACAAGGCGGGAGAUGCGCAUGUAAUUACCAGCGACACUUCGUACUCAAAUUCUGAACGUUGUGGAUUCACUCUUCAAACACCGAGUUCCAGCUUGAGGAAACUGUUGUGGCCUUGUGCACCGUGUAAUUUUGGAAGAAAAGACAAACAUUGGAUUUUAGAAACAAUAAUGUGAUUUUGUAAGAAAUAAAACCAAAGUGCCCAUUGACCUCCCCAACAAUGAACUGAGCACUCAACGUUUCACAAUACAGAAAUGUCCAAAAGCAAGGAGAGCCGGACCUUUAACAUAAGUGUUGUUGGACUUUCUGGAACGGAAAAGGACAAGGGGGCUUCUGGAAUUGGCAAAUCAUGCCUCUGUAACAGAUUCAUUAGGCCCAAAGCGGACGACUACCACACUGACCACAUCACAAUCCUGAGCCAGAUCGACUUCAGCGGAAGGGUUGUGAACAAUGACCACUUUCUCUACUGGGGCAAGGCCACGAAGACGACGGAGGAGGGCCAGGACUACGUCUUUAACGUCGUGGAGCAGACGGAGUUUAUUGACGAUGCCACCUACCAGGCGCACCGGAUCUCCGUUCCUCAGCACUACAUCAAGCGAGCCGCAGCGACCAGGCUUGCGUCAGCGGAGAAGCUCAUGUACAUCUGCACCGAUCAGUUGGGAAUCGAGCAUGACUUUGAACAGCAGCCGAUGCCAGACGGCAAACUGAUCAUCGACGGGUUUCUGUUGUGUGUGGAUGUGAGCCGGGUUGCUCAGCGGAGCAUGGCGGACCAGCUGAGGUUCACCGAUAAGUUGUUUGUGCAGCUGAACAAAUCGAAGAAGCCCAUUCUGUUGCUUGCUACCAAAUGCGACCGAGCCGACGAGCAGUUCCUGAAGGACGUGCAGGCCUUCGCCUCAAGCAAAAAGGUGAAUCUCCCCCUGCUGGAAACGUCUGCGCAGGAGAACAUCAACGUCUCGUUCGCGUUUGUGCUUUUGGCACAGAUGAUCGACAAACUGAAGGGGAAGCAAAAGUUGAUUCCCUACUGCGAAGCGGCUAAGCAAGCCAAAGAGUUCACUCAGGCGACCACGCAGAAAUACGAGGCUCUGCUGAAGCAUCAGGUGAGAGAUUACCACGCACUUUGGAAUUUCACUCGUAGGAAGAUGGAAGAUUUCCCCGAGUACAAGCAAAUGGUUGAUACUUUGGGGCUGAAAAAAGCAGAGGUGUCCUUCAAGGAACAUCUCAGAAGAUUGAAGAUUGAACAUAUUGAGCAAAAAAGGGAAGAAUACCUUCAGACACUGCCAAAGGCUUUCGAGUCACUUGUCCCUGACUUAAACGAAAUCGAAUCCCUGUCAUUGGCUGAGUUUCUGCCGCUGGUGCAAAGCAAACGUGAGUUUGGGGUGUGGUUCAUUGAGCUCUCCGACUUGCCGUGGAGCGAGAGCAGACACAUUGAUUUGCCCAAUGACAAACGUGUCCCCCUGGAUUUUCUGAAGGAGUGUGGGUCUAAUUCCUUUCACUCGCACAUACAAAUGCUGCAGACCCUGAGGAAGAAGGCAGAAAUGAAAGAGAAGUUUAAGCAACUCCUUGAAAGUUCCAGCUGCAUCUUUCCUGGAAAACCUUGGGAAGAGGUUUAUUCAUUGUCCGCCAUCUACACCAAGGAAUGCUAUCAAACGAUAUCUGAGAAGGAGAGAAUUGACAUCUACCAAGACAUCCAGAAGCAUAAGAUUGAAAAGGCGAAGAAUGACUACCAGGAAAUGCUCCUGGAACACUCGGAGACAUUUGCGGAUGUGGAUAGGAAUGAGGCGUUCAACCACGACAAGAUUGGAGAGAUCAUGCAGGACCUGGAGGACGACCUCAGGUACAAGGCAUUGCGCUUUGUGCCAGCAGAGCGCGACGCCCUCAUCCUCAAGCACAUAUUCUUCGUGCAUCACCCGACCAAGGAGUCCUGCUUCAGUCGACUGGGCUGCGUGGAUCUGCAGGUGGAGCAGCUUCUGUCCAACGUCGUCUCGAAGGUUGGCCAGAGGAGCACGGAUAAUCUCUCGGAUUCCCGCGGCGAGGACAAGCUCGGCGUGUUCGUGUUCGGGAAGGAUGGGCUCGGGCACGAGCUGUCUAGAGAAAUAUCCAGACAGUCGACGGGCAACAAGCUCAACAUCAACGACAAGAACUACGCACUGGACCUGAAAGUCGUUGACGGAGAUGUCGCGGCCUUCACAACUGCGAUGCAAAAUCCCUGCUUUAAUGGUAGACCCGGUGGAUACCUGUGUGCUUUCAAUUCCUUGGAUUCUUUAAAAUGUUUAACGGAGUCUUUAGAAAGAAUGACAAACGUCUCAACUGGCAACAGAAAAGACGGUCUCUCCGGAAAUAUUCCCAUCGUAUUGUUGUUGGCCAAUCACAAAGAUGUGGCCAAUAGAACAUACCCGCUGCUCAGGCAGCAAGCACAGCAAGCGGCCAAUAAAUACCAGAUCGCCUUCGUUGACAGCUCAGGUGACUCGGUGCUAAAGGCCUUCCAAGAGGCUCAGGUCAAGCAGGCGCUGGUCCAUAUCGCCAUUUCGUGUCAUCAGGAAGUGGUGCCACCGAAAGUGAUCGGGCGCAGCGACCUCACCGAAGCAGAUCUCUACGUCACGAUGUGCGUCAUGUGUGGGGACCCCUUCACCGUGGACCUGGUACUGACGCCUUUCUUUGAGUCUCGCUUCUGUACCUUCGGGCAGCCUGGCCAGGUGGAUUCCGUGAGCUUGGAGAUGUUCCUUGGGGCCCACCGUAAGAAGAUUAAGAUCACAAUCAUGUCGUAUCACAUGGCGACACUGAGGAGGGACGAUCUGACCCAUGGCCACAUCCUCGUUUACUCGGCGAAGAGAAAAGCGUCCAUGGCAACGAUGCGCGCCUUCCUCUCUGACGUGCCCGAUGUCAUUCCUGUGCAGCUCGUAGCAAUAACCGAGAGCCAAAAUGAGUUUUUCGAGAAUGUCGUAGCGAAGGAAUUGGUCAGCGAGGGGGAGCACAUUGCCAGUGAAAUCGGAGGGAGGUUCUGCACCGUUCCUGCCCAGUCGCAUUUCCACCGUCAAACCGAGGUGUUCACACCUUUCUUCGCGGAGGCCCUGGAGAAACGACCUCUCGUCGAGGAGGAAUUCCGCUUUGAUCCCACAAUGAACGUCAGCAGUGAGGCUCUGAACCAGAGCGGCACAUUUUCAUCAUCGUCCUUGUCUGAUUCCGACGACGACGAUUGCCAGCCGCCCUACAGCCCUGCCAGCGAUGAGACGCAGCUGCUUCCGAACAUGUCCAGGAGCAGACCGAUGGAUUUGGAAGGGAACAGUCUCCCAGUUAGUUCUGCUUCACUGCCGCACGACAGCGAGCGCAAUCGUAAGGUGCUUCCGCCGAAGCCUGCAAAACCCGCAGAGCGUUUGGGGGUGAGCAAACUCGAUCCUAAGCUAAUAGAAAAAAUAAAUGAAACUAUGAGUAAAGGCCCCACAAAGGCGCAGCUGUCUCGAGCUCCUCUAGCUCAUGCCGAGGACACCGAAAUCGCAGACGUCCCCGCAGCAGCAGCCGCCGACACCAAGACCUGGUCGAUGACAAAGCUGUUCACGCGCUCGAGGGCAACUCUGAACGGCUCUGACACGGAGGAAAGUGCGACGGAGCAGGAAAGGAGGAAGGGCCAACCGGUGGUGCGGAGGCGGUCGUCCUACAGGUACAGGUCGGAGACCCUGCUGCGGAGGCAGGUGUACCCGUCGGAGGUGCUGGGGAACGGCGAGCAGGGACGCAGUGGUGGGGCAGUAGCGCCGCGUGACGGAGGGCGCAGGGCGGUACGGGGCGGGCACCAUGCAGACUCGGCGCCGCUGCUCUCUCCGGGCGCCGAAGGGAGCAGCUGCGGCAUCGACAACCCCGCGGCCGACCUUGACGAUGCUCCGCGGGUACGGGCAGCCGAGGGUGGAAAGAAGAAGGCCGCCAAACUGAAGGACUCGAAGCUCAAGCCCAAAAAGAAGAAGGGCAAGAACAAAAACGCUUACUUCGGGGUGCCACUCAAAGACCUCGUGGAUCUACCAGACCAGCCCAUCCCCGUGUUCUUGAAGAAAUGUGUGGAGUACAUUGAGCGGAAUGGCCUGCAUAAUGAAGGGCUGUAUCGAGUUUCUGGGAAUAAGGUCGACCAGAAAAACAUAUUACAACAGUUCGAGAAAGAUCACAACUUUGACAUCUCCAGCCUCAACGUGACGGUGCACACAAUCACUGGAGCACUCAAGUCCUUCUUCACGGAACUGCCGGAUCCGCUUCUGCCUUACAACAUGCAGAAGAGCUUGGCUGAUGCAGUCGGCAUCACCGUUGAAAAGGAAAUGCUCGCAUCUCUUCAGGACUUUGUGAAAAAGCUCCCGCUUGUAAAUUACGAAGUCUUCAAAUUCAUUAUUACGCAUUUCUACAGGGUGUGCCAGCACAGCGCCACCAACAAGAUGUCCGAGGAGAAUCUGUCCAUCUGCUUCUGGCCCACGCUGAUCAAGCCCAACUUCAGCGACAAUACCACCAUCAUGGGGAAGAUGGUGAGCCGCACUCCCAUCCGGCCUUUCAUCGUCCACUGCCCUCGCAUCUUCCACGGCCGCGAUGAUCUCCCGCUGGGACCAGACGACUCCGUGGCUGCCGCCGAGGCCCUGCCGGCCGAGGGAAGGCUGGUGGACAUCGAGGGAUAGAGAGCCCAAAGUGUUGAAUUGCAUUCGGACAUAAUCACCGGGUUCAAUCCGUUUGCAAAUGUGCGCACGUGUGUGUGUUUUGCGGGUAAGCGGUGGUCAAGCAGUUAUUUAGCGCACUGCACAACGAACCUGGCGGCCCGAGUUCAAUUCCCGCUCACGGCCAACAUCGGUGACGAUUAUCUGAGCCGGGCCUGGGCCUCCCCUAGGACGACUCAACCUCAAAUUAGUACCCAGUGCGGUGUCUGAAAACAUCACCAAUGGGGAGACAAAGGCGGCCAGGCGCGGUGCUGGCCACCCACCCCCUUGUGCACCAUACCUGCACAACGAACCUGGCGGCCCGAGUUCGAUUCCCGCUCAUGGCCAACAUCGGUGACGAUUAUCUGAGCCGGGCCUGGGCCUCCCCUAGGACGACUCAACCUCAAAUUAGUACCCAGUGCGGUGUCUGAAAACAUCGCCACUGGGGAGACAAAUGCAGCCAGGCGCGGUGCUGGCCACCCACCCCCUAGUGCGCCAUACCGGCCUUCAUCGGUGCUCGCUAACAGCACUUGCCCCAACAGUCUGUUACAGGCUAUACGUGGUGGGGGGGUGAUCUUUGUUUUUAUGUUUUGCGGGUACAGAGUGGGGGUUGCGAGUGUGCGUGCUUGAAACGUGGGGAAAAUGUGUGAAAGCUGCCUGUAUCCGCUGCCCCCACGUGAGAAGCAGUGUAGAAUGUAAGACGAGCGUUGCACUUCUCUCGGGGAGUUUAUGACAGCCAACAGGGUACAUUUAUAAGCUUCACUUUGCCUGUCCGUGGUACUAAACAGUUAUUUUUGCUCGAAUUUUAACUAGAGGCCCUCUAGUCGAAUGUGGAUUUCAUAUUUUUAAUGUUAAAAAGUGGAAUGUUUGUCAAGAAGCUGAUGUAGUGGUUAUGUUUCACUGUGGCGGAUAAGGUCCUGGGGAGUAGCAUAACAUCUGAAAUACUGGUUUCAAUGCUGGUGAUUUGUGCUUUUUUCAUUGUAGAUGUGCAGACUGCUCAUUGUUCUUCAUAUAUGUUCUCUCCCAAACUGUUAAUUUUGUUUGUAAACAUUGAUUUGAAUUUAUAUCUAUAUUAAUGCUAAGUUUUCUCAAACUUUUGAUUUCAAAAACUAUUGUGUAUCAUAAUGUUGCCCAGAUUUUUUGGAGAUCUAUACUUUCUAUUUAUUUUUCUCUUUCUUUUUAUCAACGUGUUUCUACGUUUUAUGCCAAAUGCUUCGGGUUUGCGCGCGAGGGAAGCAACGUCCUACUGAUCUGUAAAUAGGUCACGAUUUCGUAUUAUUACACUUGGCUGUGAUGAAAGCAGGUAACAAACUGAAAAACCACCACACGCAUGACUGAUUUUCUUAUGAAUUUGAAUCUUAAAAAGGUGUUAAUUUGCCCUCGGUAAUCUGGGUAAAGAUUGGGGCGCGAAGGUGGCGAGAUGUUAACUGCCUCAGAAGAUAUGCAGGAAGUCGUGGGUUCAAUCCCAACCCUGAUGCCUGUAUAUAUUUAGUUCUCCCCAUAGUCGCGUGGAUUUUUCUCCGGAUCUUCCGGUUUUUCCCUCCACAUUUAGAAUCAACAUGCAUUUGGAGUAUUUGGCUGCUUUCAAUGUCCACGUGAUAAGCCACUUUUCAUUUGUAAUAGCCAGGUCGCUUCUGAAAGAGAGCAAUAUAGCUCAGUGGACCUUACCUGGUAAAAUAUUUGUUUGAAUUGUUUUUGUUUAAAAGCAAAUCUCCGUUUGCAGAACCACCCCAAUGGCAGUGGGCGCAUGGUGAUGAUUUUCUCCAGUGAAGCGAUCAUCGCUCUUUAGCACUUUCCAUUCUGCAUACAGCUGAGCAAUUGGUUCGGCCACUUUUCCCGUAAACUCUACAGUAGCCGCCGUCUGGCCACUGCUGGGUCAUCAAAACUGGAGAAUAACUUCUCUGCCGUGACCAAAUAAACAUACAAUAGUUGUAAAUUGUAGAGCGGUGGAAGUGCGACAGAGGGACCAUGCUCUACACUUGAAAUCGUGAAUCUCCUGAGUCCUGCACGCAGUCAAUUUCACAAGUUGAGGAAAACGGAUGUACUGUAAAGGAGUUGACAAUUAUAUAUCUAAUGAUACUCAGUAUAAUUCAACACAAUCUUAAAUUAACUUGGAAUUGUCCUGUACAAUGGCUUAAACAGACUAUGGAGUUACUUAUUCUCAAGAUAACAAUAGGUGCAUUGAGUUGUGCGGUUCUCCAGUAAUUGUGAGUACCGCGGUUCUGAUUGAUAUACUGUGUACAGGCUAUACCACUGCAGUUCAUAGUCAUUAUACCACUAGAGUCCAUGUGCACAUCAAGGGCAAUAAAGCACGGAAGUGUGUGACUCAUGCGAUCACAGUUUGAGCGGCGGACCCGAUUACACCGUGCGUCGCCUCCACAUGACAAUGUGAUGCGUGAGGGCGUGAUGUGACGCGUGACAAUGUGAAGCGUGAGGACAUGACGAUGCGUGAUGAUGUGAGGCGUUAGGAACGUCCGUGCCACGUGGGGGUUGUCCUGUGUUAAAGCUUUACAAACCUAAUUUUUGAUCAAAGAGUGGAAGUAAUAAUGAUUAUCAAUAACAUAACCCUUUAGCUGAUACACUUACAGUGGUUGUAUCAGUGUUUGACUACUAUGUAAAACCUUCAAUGUGAUUUAGCCAACUGUUUCAGGUUGUUCAGCGAGAGCAUAUCAUUUUUACAGGUGCACAUAUUAUUCAUGAGUUUUUUUGUUGGGGCGUUGCAUGUAGUGAUAAUUAUAUACAUUUUCUGCAUUUUUACGCUUUACUGAAAUGCAAACCUCUUGAGUUAAGUAGACAAGUUACUUGAAUAUAAAUGUUGUGAACUGUUGUUUCUUUGUAUUAUUAAAAGAUUAACAUGCAAGUCCACGGUUGUCCAUGUUUAUAGAUCAUGUUAUUCCUAUGCCAAUUACGGUUUGCUAUAUU